AUGUUCCCCAAAAAAAACGAAGAAAUCGCCACCGCCCGGCCUUUUUCGGCGGCCGCCAUGGCCGCCACGCCAUCGCUGGCAUCGCGCGCGGCCUUUGCGGAGCUGCUGGAUGACCAUUGGAGGAUCUUCCGAGAUCAGUUACUUGAGGCCAUCCCUGAAAAUCAGCAGGCCCAGGCGGAGGUCGCGAGUUGGGACAAGGAUGGCUACGAGAAUUUGGUGCAAAUCGCGGAGGGAGCACUCCCCACGCGUAGUAGGACUUCUGGGUCCGGUUCGGAAGGGGCCUCUGGGUCCAUAUCACCAGGGGGAGUGAGUCAAGUCCCUUCGUUGCCGGAGAUUACACCCAAGCCGCUCGCGACACAUUUGGAGGCCAGGAGCAGAAUUUGA